GGCGCUGGAUUCUCUCACGUGCCCGCCUGGAUACUCUCGCUGGCAACACGGGUUUGUUCCAAUCGCGUGGUGUCUCGCGGAUAGCGAAGUAGAGGACUCAGAUCCGGGCGCUACCCAGGCAGCAGCUGACGCGAGAGGCGACGCGACGGCAUCCGGAGCGGCGAAGCGACGGCGACGGGAAGUGGAGGCGCGCACGGCGACAACUGACAGCAUCGACGACGACGCUCCGCCGCACAGAGCCUCAAUGAUGGAUGAUGAAGACUCUACUGAUGGAUUAUUCUCAAAACAGUUUUCAACAAGACGGAUACACGUACAAUUGCUGAGAAAAGUCUGAAUAAGGAUAUCAUGGCAGUCUUAAGUGAUUACUGCUAGGUAGUGGCUAGGCUGCUGCUACCCCGCAUGAGCUGCUCCAUGGGGCAGACAACGACCACUAGUGACGCCCUUGUGUUCCAAGUUCCAACAGCCCCGAGGUGCCGACGAGCGUGCCGAAUCAAGCUGCCGCAAACCCAGCAUUGACACCCUCUGCAUCGCAACUCCGGCGGUCGCUGCAUCGCAGCUCCGGCGGCCUCGUGGCCGCUGCACUGCAGGUCCGGCGGCGUCGACGACAGCUGCAUCGCAGCUCCGACGGCCGCUGCAUGGUAGCUCCGGCAGCGUCGUGGCCUCUGCACUGCAGGUCAGACGGCGUUGACGGCCGCUGCAUCGCAGCUCAGCAGUGCAGCUCCGACGGCCGCUGCAUCGCAGCUCCGGCGGCGUCAUGGCCGCUGCAUUGCAGUUCCGACGGCGUCGACGGCUGCUGCAUCGCAGCUCCGGUGCCCGCUGCAUCACAGCUCCGGCGGCGUCGAUGGCCGCUGCAUCGCAGCUCCGGCGGCGUCGACGCUCGCUGUAUCACAACUCCGACAGCCGUUGCAUCGCAGCUCCGGUGGUGUCCCAGCCGCUACUGCCUAGCUGGGAGAUGUGCUUGGAGCGCUACCAUGGGCGAUGCAUGAUGGUGCCUGACUCUUGUGUUGCGCGAGAGGGAAAAUGCUGACUGGAAGUGCAAUCCGCGAGACACCAAGCGAACGGUUAUGAUGUGCAUGAUCGGACGAUUAGCAAGGCGGCUGAUAAGUUGUUGUUAUCAUCCGGCUUACGCCUAGCAUCUGCCAAAACCACUAUUGAAGGUUUCCCGCUGAUAUCAUCCAGGUUUGACCGCCAUGUCAGAGUACAAAUAUGCGGUCCCAGUUAUCAGCAUGGGAGACAAAGAAAUUAUGCUUAAAAUAAAAUGGGCGUUUCUGGGUUCAAAACUGGGACUUCCAGUACGCCUGCGCACAAGCUAACCACUUUAUCUGACAUACAUUGUGUAUGCAAAGACGUACAGACUGAUUUAUACAUAUCCAUAUAUUUAAAAAGUUCAAAGUUAACUUAUUUGUUCCCCGCAAAAAAAACUAUUUGUUCAAAAACGAUUUAUUUUUUCUUUCGAAUUGGUAAUACUGAAAAAAAUCAGCUAUGCCACGUUGUGUAUUUUUUCCAUUGUUUUUACUCAAAUAUAGCAUUUUUUUCUGUUCAUAAUUGAAACUGUAGAAAGGAAUCGCAGUGGAUAUAUGUCGUCGUAUAAAUAAGGAAGCUAUACCACAUGCCGUAUUCUGCAGGUCCCAGGUUCGAACCUGGCAACCAACAGUAACAAUUUUUAGCUAUCGUUUUAUUUCUUCCUAUAACAAACAAGUGGGACCCACAUACUUACACUCUGAUAUGGCGGUCAAAGCUGUAUGACGUGUCCGGUUUUGGUCAAAACCAUUUCGACAGCGGGAACUAAGAUUUAGCGGUUUUAGAGUCGAGGGACCAUUCCUAUACUUUCAAAACAGUUGAGAGACGAAAAGUAUAUUUUUUCCUUAUUUAUUUAUUUUUGCAGGAGCCUCUAAUAUCAUUACUCCAUGUUCUAUUCUGUACCAUCAAUUUAUUAAUCCCUUUAUUAAUCUUCCCACAAUAGGUGUACUACUUCGUGGUCUGGGCAACUGACACGUGGUGUAUUCGACGGAAUUUUUGGCUUGUCGCCUUUUGGGAUGUCGUUUAUUUCACAGCUAUACUCCCUUGGACUCUCUGGCAACGUAUUCACUCUCUGCAUGCAUAGUCCAACUGGUGGCGGAAUUCUUGCCUUUGGUGAAGCCCUCGAGCCUGGCUUGACCUACACACCCCUUUUGCCAUCGCCGCAAUAUUACCAAGUGAAUCUACAGAGCAUAGCUGUAAAUGGGCAGACACUCCCCAUUGACAGCUCCGUGUUUGGACCCUCACCCAGUAAUUUUACCUUCGUAGAUUCGGGAACAACGCUCGCAUUUCUCGCAGAUGGAGCAUAUGAUCCGUUUAUUAACGCUAUAAGGGCUGCAACCCCUCCGUCUGCACUUCCGUUCACCAGGGAAAAUGGCGAAAUUUGUUUUUCCACUUCCACCAGGUAUUUUCCUUUCAUUAUGGAAACAAAGUUAACAACAUCUAUCAAAAUAACUUACACCUUCAUUGUUUGUGCAUAUUGCAGUAUUGACUCUGCUUUCCCGUCCGUGGAACUAGACUUUGUGGGCGGUGCCAAAAUGUUUCUGUAUCCUCACAACUACAUGUAUUAUGUUAAGCCUUCAGUGUAUUGCAUUGGCUGGCUUAGGAACACGGGGAGACAAGUCACUUUACUUGGAGAUAUCGUGCUCGUAGACAAGAUUCUUGUCCAUGAUUUGGAGAAGAAGCGCCUGGGCUGGAUGAACUAUGAUUGUAAGCUAAAGUCUUGUCCUUCUACUUUAACCUUUAGUUGUUUUAACCACUUGAUAAUCAAUAACUCCAAAUCUCUUUCAGGUUCUCAGCCUAUCAAUGUCACUACUGCGCGUGGGAAGAAAUACACUAACUCUGGGCAGUCGUUGCACAGUAUCACGACAACUUUUACAGUUGUGCUCGUAGUUGUCAUAUAUAUCACUCUGCUCACCUAG